CAAUACAACCCAACCAAACAAAACACCUUCUCUCAUCUCUUAUCUCUCCAUUUUAUACGUCUCUCUCACCUUUUGGCCAUCCCCUUCAAAAUUCAAUUUUAUAUAUAUUUUUUGCACUUUCUUGCUUUCUUUCUUCUUCUCCUUCCAUUAUUCUUCUUUUUUAUUUUUUUUUGUAAUUAAUUAUUAUUACACACUGUUUUCUCUUCUCCUCCCCCGUUACCAAGGUCACAAUUAUUUCCACCCCGUUUUAUUUCUCUUCCCUUUCUUUCUUUCUUUCUUUCUUUCUAGGUUGGUUUUAUUAUUUCUUCGAUUCUUCAAUUACCCUAAUUUCAGUGAUCACCUGAUCACAGUGUCAGCGCUCUUGAAGCCAAGCCCACUGUUCAGGUGGCCGCAAAAGAAUGGAGUCUCACGACGAGACAGGAUGCCAGGCUGCUGAACGUCCCAUACUUUGCAUUAAUAAUUGUGGUUUCUUUGGAAGGGCUGCCACCAUGAACAUGUGUUCCAAAUGCUACAAGGACAUGCUGUUGAAGCAGGAACAGGACAAGCUCGCAGCAGCAUCGGUUGAAAACAUCGUGAAUGGUGCUUCCAGCAGCACUGGCAAACAUGCUGUGAGUGCAGGUGGGUUGGACAUACAAGUUGAAAAUGUGGAGGCCAAGACAGUCUCUGCUGAGAUUUCUGUGGAUUCAACCUCUGUUGAGAAUUUGGAGACGAAAGCCAAGGCAGGCCCCAGCAGAUGCGCGACUUGCCAAAAGCGUGUUGGAUUAACUGGUUUCAGCUGCAAAUGUGGAAACCUCUUUUGUUCAAUGCAUCGCUAUUCUGACAAACAUGACUGCCCCUUUGAUUAUCAGAGUGUUGGCCGGGAUGCUAUCGCUAAAGCGAACCCUGUGGUCAAGGGUGAUAAGCUUGAUAAAAUCUAGGCAUGCAUGAGAUUCACGGUUCCUUGCAUUCAGCUGGAUGGUUCGCCUUUUACCUGCAAAAUGUCUUGCAUAUUGGUUCUCUGGCUUUCGAACUGCAGAGGUAUAGGGUGAUCCGUGUAAUGAUAGCAAGCACAGUUUUAGAAACACUGCAUUCAGUUGUUGAUUGGUGAGCGUCACUUUUUAGCUGUGGUAUGAGUGUUUGUGCUGGUUUAAUGGACGUCUUUCACUCAAUUUGUAAUCUGACUGGUUGGUCUGCAUUUAUUUUUUCUCUUUAUUGCAUUUAUGAAAUUUCCUAUUUAGUUUGUAA